AUGGCAGUGUCCACCAUUGUUAUCCCCCUUUCAAACAGGAGAUGGCAGUGUCCACCAUUGUUAUCCCCCUUUCAAACAGGAGAUGGCAGUGUCCACCUUCUGUGGGUUUCUUUCGUUCCACCGGCAAACACGAAAAAGACAGAGCAACUGACGUUUUCAGUACCGGAAGUACUCUUAAAAAGUGUUGGACUGCUUCCUCCCUCUAGUUUGUUUCAUCAGCCACGAGUUUCCACUUUCAGCCUUUCUCAGGAGUUUUUCCUCUGCUGUUUCGUAAAGAUGGGAGACCCUUUAAGCGAGUACACAGCCCGGCUACAACAGCAGGAGCAGGAAAUCAGGAGUCUCUCUGCAGAGAUCGAGAGUCUCAGAAACCCACAGAACCAAUUUUCAUCUCCUCGUCUGGAGGAGCUGCGAGAGGAAAACGCCAGGCUUAAAUACCGCCUAAAUAUCUUAAAAAGGGAAGAGAAGGCUCACUGCAGUAAAGCCAUGUUGAACAUCAAUCAGCGGCUCCAGGAGAUUUUUGGCGAGGCCAUCCGGGCAUCCUGCCCUGAGCUGGACGACCCUCCGCUGGCUGUCGCGCCCAACCAGCAGGCCAAGUUUGGAGACUACCAGUGCAACAGUGCCAUGGGCAUGUCCCAGAUGCUGAAGGCAAAGGGAAUGAAAGUCAGCCCCAGGGAAAUCGCAGAUAAGAUCAUCCUGAACCUUCCAGCCAAUGAACUCAUCCAGAAAACUGAAAUCGCAGGACCAGGCUUCAUCAACAUCCACCUGGAGAGGAAGUUUGUGUCCAAACUGCUGAGCAACCUGCUGGUUAACGGAGUGCAGCCCCCUCCACUGGCCGCCAAGAAAAGGGUGGUGGUGGACUUCUCGUCUCCAAACAUCGCCAAAGAGAUGCACGUGGGCCAUCUUCGCUCAACCAUUAUCGGGGAGAGCAUGUGCCGCCUGUUUGAGUUUCUGGGCUAUGACGUUCUCAGGUUGAACCAUGUGGGUGACUGGGGGACUCAGUUUGGGAUGCUGAUUGCUCACCUGCAGGAUACAUUUCCAGACUACUUAACGGUUUCCCCACCCAUCAGCGACCUGCAGGCCUUCUACAAAAAGUCGAAGAAGCGCUUUGACGAGGAGGAGGACUUUAAGAAGCGGGCGUAUCAGUGUGUCGUCAGGCUGCAGAGCAAAGAGCCGGACUUCAUUAAAGCCUGGAACCUCAUCUGUGACGUGUCCAGGAAAGAGUUUCAGAGGGUUUACGACUGCCUGGACAUCACAAUCAUUGAGCGAGGAGAGUCGUUCUACCAGGAUUUGAUGACCGAGGUGGUGAAGGAGUUUGAUGAGAAAGGCUUGUCCAAGAUGGACGAGGGCCGUAAGCUCGUCUUCGUCCCAGGUCAGUCCAUCCCCCUCACCAUCGUCAAGUCAGAUGGCGGCUACACCUACGACACGUCUGACCUCGCAGCCAUCCGUCAGAGGAUUUUUGACGAGAAAGCUGACAUCAUCAUCUACGUCACAGACAGCGGGCAGGGCACACACUUCCAAGUGGUGUUUGCUGCAGCUCAGAUGAUUGGCUGGUACGACCCUAAGGUGACCCGGGUAGAGCAUGCAGGCUUCGGAGUGGUGCUUGGCGAAGACAAGAAAAAGUUUAAGACCCGGUCUGGAGACACCGUGAGGCUGAUGGACCUGCUGGAGGAGGGACUGAAGAGGUCAAUGGACAAACUGAUAGAGAAGGAGAGAGACAAGGUCUUGACCCCAGAGGAGCUGACAAAAGCCCAGAGGUCUGUCGCUUUCGGCUGCAUUAAAUACGCCGACCUCUCCCACAACCGCAUCAACGACUACGUGUUCUCCUUCGAUAAGAUGCUGGAUGACAGAGGCAACACGGCGGCGUACCUGCUCUACGCCUUCACCCGCAUCAGGUCCAUAGCUCGUCUAGCUAACAUCGAUGAGGCAGCCCUCAGGAAAGCGGCAGAGGAUACAGAGGUCCUCCUGGAUCACGAGAAGGAGUGGAAGCUGGGGAAGUGCAUCCUCCGAUUCCCUGAGAUCCUGCAGAAGAUCCUGGACGACCUGCUCCUGCACACGCUCUGUGACUACCUGUACGAGCUCGCCACCACCUUCACCGAGUUCUACGACAGCUGCUACUGCGUGGAGAAGGACAGGCAGACAGGUGAGGUGGUGAAGGUGAACAUGUGGAGGAUGCUGCUUUGUGAGGCCACAGCGACCAUCAUGGCCAAAGGCUUCGACAUCCUGGGCAUCAACCCCGUCCAGAGGAUGUGAUCUCACAGGAUGUGAUGUCACAGGCAUCAGCGCCGCUUCUGUCUUUAUUCGUCUGCAUCUUUAGUUCAUCAGAAUCGAAAAGGGACAAAGAGGAGAGGUGUCUUUUUCAAUUUCACUGCUGCCAAAAAUUACUCAAGUCAUUUCUAUGAAGUCAUGCUAUCCAAAAAUACAACUAUCAGUGCAUUGAUUAAGAUUUCAAGUAAAGUAUCAUUUUUAUUAAAGAACAGAAAUGAAACCAAAAAA